GAGACCCAACCAAACCCCCACCGAGGGCUCACCGGCGGACCUGGACCGCUGGUGUUGGUCUAGGUCCAUCGGUGAGGCCCCUGCGGGGGUCGCCGGCUGCGAAGGUAAGGCGACAGCCUCCGGCCUUCCCCCGCGGUAAAAAAAAUUGCUGUUUAGGCAGCAAUUUCUUUUUUUUUACAGGUGGUUGGGCACGGCCGAUAAUGCCUCGCUUGGCGUCGCUAUUAUCGCGGAGGGGAGGUGAUGGCCUCCCCUCUGCAGUGGAGGCAAGGCGUCUCGACGCCCUGUCAUUUUUUCUUUUAAAACGCGAAAUUAUAUAUAUAUAUAUUUAUCCAACAUCUCCAUUUGGGUUUGCUUGAAGAAAUCUUACGCAUAUAUAUAUAUAUAUAUAAAGUUAGUUACGUGACGAAAAGGAAAUAAGUUGCCGAUUUGCAUAAGUAUGACUUUUCCGAAUCACAAACUUUCGUUUUGCUGCACAUGAACGUUUGAGGCCGUCCACUAAGUUCCCUUCUUUCCUUUCCUUUUUAAAUCAAUAAACGAACUCAUAAAUAAAUAGUAACUGAUACAUUACACCAUUUGUAAUUCUCCUUUCCGCAUGCCCUGAUUUCCCCUUCCUUCUCGGCGCGCAAAAGAGACGCUCCAGCUCGAUUCUUUGUCCAAGUAUCGAUCGCAGUGAGCGUGGUGUCAGAGAGAAGCCGCUGUUAAGGAAGCGUUGCACAAGUUAACAUGGGUGUAGAUUAUUACAACAUCCUCAAGGUCAAUAGAAAUGCCACAGAUGAAGAUCUCAAGAAAUCUUACCGAAGGCUUGCCAUGAGAUGGCAUCCUGACAAGAAUCCCGAUAACAAGAAGGAAGCAGAAGCCAAAUUCAAGCAAAUCUCUGAGGCAUACGAUGUUCUGAGCGAUCCCCAGAAAAGGCAAAUCUAUGAUCAAUAUGGGGAAGAAGGGCUAAAGGGUCAGAUUCCUCCUCAACAAAAUCCUGGCGGUAGUGGCGGCUUCGGUUUCUCGCAGAGGGAUGCCGAUGAUAUCUUUGCAGAGUUCUUUGGGGCAAACCCUUUCGGUGGCAUGGGUAGCAGAUUCGGUUCCUCUGCUGCAGGGGGAAGUCGAUCGACUCGUUUCUCCGAUUCCAGUAUGUUCGGGGGCGCAUCGGAGAAUAUGUUCCGGUCCUCGUAUGGCAGCGAGCCGGCAGGACCUAGGAAAGCUCCUCCUAUCGAGAAUAAAUUGCCGUGCAGCUUGGAAGAACUCUACAGUGGAUCUACGAGGAAGAUGAAGAUCUCAAGAAAUUUGCUCGACUCUAACGGGAAAACGACAACUGUGGAUGAGAUAUUGACUAUUGAUGUCAAGCCUGGUUGGAAGAAGGGAACAAAGAUCACUUUUCCAGAGAAGGGAAAUGAGCAACUAAACGUUAUUCCUGCAGACCUUGUGUUUAUUAUAGAUGAGAAGCCCCAUGGAGUCUUCAAGAGGGAUGGAAAUGAUUUGGUCAUCAACCAUAAGAUACCUCUAGGGGAAGCACUUACCGGAACAACCAUUAACUUGACUACACUUGACUCAAGGAAUUUGUCAAUACCCAUUACAGAAAUCAUCCAUCCUGGGUAUGAAAUGUUGAUCCCAAAGGAAGGCAUGCCUAUUGCGAAGGAACCUGGUAAGAAGGGGAAUCUGAGGGUAAAGUUUGAUAUUAGGUUUCCAUCUAGGCUCACUGCUGAACAAAGGACAGGCCUGAGGCGGUUGCUUGUGGGAAGUUGAUAUUGGUAUGCCUUAGAGUAGCCACUUAUUGAAGUUGGAUUAAUGGUUAGCAAUCAUUAUCUUAAUGAUGAUAGUGGAACGGCUGUAUCAGCCAUGUUAGGAGGUCAUGCCGAUGCUUUUUUUUAUUGAAGAUUUCAUUUAUUGGUCUGCAUCUUUGCAUGAGCCACAAGUUAUAGUGGAAUAUUUGGUGUAUAUGUCAGAUUUGUUAGUCAUUUGUAAUUGAGUUAUGUUGCUAAGAAAUCCAUCUUGUCUUGUUUGAGAGAAAUAGUUAGUGGUUUCUGCUUUCCUUC